AUGUAGAAAUUUGAAAAGGAGAGAUAUUUUCAUAAGAGUCCAGAAUAAGUAUUUAUGGUUUAUUUAUCAGAUAAGAAGGGAGAAACUUGAUAUGAAGAUGCAAAAUGUCAAAGAUGAUCAAUAAAAUGGUGUCAUUAAAUAUUUCAUGAAACACAAGAGUUCAGAUUAACUGUAGUCUCCUGUUCAUAAUGUUUAAUACUAUAGUAAUAAAGACAAACCAAAAAUGAUACUUUAUCGUACUCUUUAAAAAGUUCAAGUUGAACCUGAAGUUAAGAUAGAUGAAGUUAAGGAAUUAAGAUGGCGUGUAUUAUCUAAAAAUUGCUAGAAUUUAUUAGAAUUAAGUAGAGUUGCACUUGAUAAAUUAAGUGAUUUCAAAUUUGUUUCACCAACACCUUAAUCUUCUAUGCCAACAUCAAAUCCUAAAGUUAAAUUUCUCUCUAAAAGACAUUCAAUUGAACUUCGUUUAGGAGAUAUCAUUACUCCACCUCCUUCAUAACCUAAACCUGUUCCUAAAAUACUUUAAGAUCCAUUUUAUGCUAAAUUUAAGAAAUUUUAUGAAAAAAUUGGGUUGCAAGUUAAGGAGCCUAAUAAAUAUAAUCUCAAUCAAGAUGAUAGAUAAACAUUUUAAAGUUCUGAAAAAUAAACACAUAAGAAACAUAGAAGUUUACAUGUUUCUCCACAAUAAUCAAGUUUGAAUUUCUGUUAAAAGAAACCAAAGAAUGCUUAUUUUCUUUAAGAACUUUUAAAAGUUUCUUCAAAUGCUUAUAGAUUUCAAGUAAAUUUAAAAAAAGAUUAAUCAGAAAAUAUUGAAGAAACAAGUCAAAAAUUGAAUAACAUAUAAUCAGAAUUUGAUAAGUUCCAUAAGUUAUUAAAUUAGUCUGAUUCAUUUUGA